AUGGCCUCCAAGAAUGGGAUCGACCGUCGGGAUGAGGACGAGGUCUGCCCCGUCUGCAAAUCUUCGCGAUACCUCAACCCGAACAUGCGAUUUCUCAUCAACCCGGAGUGCUACCACAAAAUGUGCGAGUCUUGCGUCGACCGAAUAUUUUCGUCUGGCCCAGCCAGCUGCCCCGUUGCCGGGUGUCGGAAGACGCUGCGUAAGAACCGAUUUCGCCAGCAAACCUUUGAGGAUAUUGGAGUCGAACGAGAGGUGGAUAUUCGGCGGCGCGUGAUGCACAUCUUGAAUCGCCGCGAAGACGAGUUCGAUUCCAAGCGCAACUAUGACGAUUUCCUCGAGCAGCGCGAAGAUAUCAUCACCAACCUAGUAUCCCGGAUCGAUGUGGCGAAAACGGAGGCCCAGCUACAGAAAUACGCACAAGAAAACAUGCAAUCAAUCCGAGUGAACCAGGCACUCGAGGAACAGGAAGCUUCUUCAUUCCAAAAACGGAUGACCCUCGAACAAGAGGAGGCCCGGGUACGACGGCAGGCCGCACGAGCGGAGUACGAGAGCGAGCGGCGCGAGAUGCAGGCUACACGAGAAGAUUUCCUCGUCCGUUUGGCAUCUGGGUCCGCGGCAGAUGCAGCUGCUAUCGCUCGCGAGGAACACAAGGUGCAGCUCAAGAAGUCGUCCGCCCGGCGCAGUGAGGAGGACCGCAUCCGACAGAAGCAGGCUGCUCUCCGAGGUACCGAGACCAAGCGCAUGGGUACAUCACUCACGACGGCAGAUACCGCUGGUCCCGCUGCAGAUGCCGGGCUUAUCAAGGGCUUGCGCAAGAUCAAGACUCCCGAGCCAGAGAAGCCGUACGAUCCCUUCAUGGGUCUCGUGCCUGGAAAGCGCGAUUACUACACCCAACAGGAGUCCUACCCGUCCACCUACCUGGACAAACUCCGAACAAAUACUGCGGCGCUGGCUGGUGGAUACGAUCUGCAGGAAUACUACUCGCGCACCCUUUUGGAGGCAUUCGCUGGCCUGGGCUGUUUUGUUCAGGAAGAGGUUGCGCAGCGUGAUGCUAUGUCUUCCCUUGGCCUUUCCAAAUCGACUGCAACUGAGGGGGCUGCUAUGGCCGCCGUGGAUGAGAACAUUGCAUGA